AUGGCCGACAACGCAGAAGAACAAAAGCCUGCAAAGGCAAGCUCUCACGCCUCCGACUCGCCGCAGCACGAUCCUCCAAUCGAAGCCGAUCGCUCUACGCCUCCUCCACCGAACGAAGACUCUGAAGCCGCAUCAGACGAUGGCUACGCUUCUACCGCAGGUUCCGCGCAAUCGACUUCUAUGUCAUCGAGCGUGCGCGACUACCAAUUCGAGAAUAGCCGACGUUAUCAUAAAUUUAAAGAGGGCCUAUACCAAUUUCCCAACGAUCUUCCCGAACAGGAGCGCGAGGAUAUGAAACAUACUGUCGCGGUGCAUCUACUCGGCGGUAGUCUUCAUAGAUCGCCUAUCGAGAACCCACAGAAGAUCAUCGAUGUCGGAACGGGCACGGGUAGUUGGGCAAUUGACAUGGGAGACGAAUACCCCAGCGCCGAAGUUACUGGGAUCGACCUUAGUCCAAUUCAACCUCCAUGGGUUCCUCCCAAUGUCAGAUUUAUCGUUGACGAUGCCGAAGCACCCUGGCUAGAUUCGGCGAACUCGGUUGAUCUCGUACAUCUGCGACACAUGUCCACCGCCAUUAAAAACUGGCCUGCGUUGCUGGAGCAAAUUUAUACCGCUCUAAAACCCGGUGGGUGGAUUGAGCUGCCAGAAUUUCGCUGGGAAUAUGGUUGCGACGAUGAUACCAUGGAUAAAGAAUAUACACCACCGCAAAUGGUAGAUAACAUUAGGGCUGGGUUGGAGAAGUUUGGGAUCGAUAUGCACGCCGCAAGGAAGAAUCCCGAUCGACUCCGCGAGGCUGGCUUUGUCAACAUCCGCCACGAGAUUAAGAAAGUGCCCGUCGGAUCCUGGCCCAAAGAUCAGAACCUCAAGACAAUUGGCUUAUACAAUAGGAGUGUCAUCUACGAUGGACUCCAGGCUAUCACUAUGGGGCCGUUUACGCGAGGAUUAGGAUGGACACCUGAGCAAGUGGAAGUCUUUCUUGUCAAGGUUCGCAAAGACCUGAUGAGAACUGAUGUCCAUUCAUAUGUUCACUUCCACUCUUUAUGUGCGCAAAAGCCCAAUUAG